AUGACCACCAAGGAAGGUGACUCAUCAGCUACUUGGGUUCUCCGCUUCCCUUCACCAUUAGAACCAGGGGUCCAAAUCAGUGUUGAAAUGGAGGAGAACUCGCCUCCCAUUGGGACCAUCAAGGAGAUCCUCAAGCGCUCUCGCUCCCGCAAGGACCGGAUGGAUCCGCAUGAAGCUGUUGUGAAGCCUCAGUGUUGGGAAGUCCGGCAACAGGUGAUUCUCCCCACUCCAGAAGAGGAGGCAUCUAAGGCAGAUGCACCUGAGGUGAUGCUGGAGGAUAAAAUUGAGACUUGUGUGGUCUCUUUUGAAAACGCCUCUGACCCCAAAGAAGAGAGAGGGACCAAAACGGAAGUGAUGGUCAGCCCGGAUUGCGUGAUUACUAUCGAAGAAGAGGAGGUUGACCCUGAAAAGCAGGAGUCACCAGAACCUGAGUUUGUGUCAGAUGACGACGACAUUGAGGCCUGUGUGGUGUCUUCUGAAGAAGGCUCUCAAAAGGAAGAGGAGACCCAGCCUAAGAUCAUAGAUGGAGGGAGCGUUGAGGACUUUGUUGAGUCUCUUGAACACACAGGUCUCCCUAGAGUAGAAAAGGCCACCCAGACCGAACCGACACAGAGGGACAGUGCUGAGAGCUGUGAGGCCUCUACCCAGAAGGCAGCCAACUCCAAAGAGAAAGAGUUAAUGGAAUCUAAGGUGGCAUCUAAGGAGGGUGGCCAGGCCAGUUGGGUUUCUCCAGAGAAAUCAGAGGACCCUAAAGGAGGAGGAGGAGGAGAAACACAAGAGGCUUGUAACGGCCCAGAACAUCAGGGGGCCAUCUUGGGAGAAGGUGGCAUCGCCAUGGAGACUGCCCGCCAGGGUUUCCGGUGGUUUCGCUACCAGGAAGCUGAGGACCCGCGGAAAGCUUACGGGCAGCUGUGGGAACUUUGCCGCCUUUGGCUGAAGCCGGAGAGCCGCAGCAAGGAGCAGAUUCUGGAGCUGCUGGUCCUGGAGCAAUUCCUGGCCAUUUUGCCUCAGGAAAUUCAGAGCUGGGUGUGGCAGCAGCACCCAGAGACGUGUGCGCAGGCCGUGGACCUUGUAGAAAACUUCCUGACAGGCCUUUCUCUGCUUCAGAGACAUGGGGAAAAGGUGAGAUACCCCAUAUGGGGGCGGCAUGUGGGUUAGCCAUGAGGCAUGGGGUGGUUUUUUGGGGGGGAGGGGUUACUGGAAAUUGCAGUGUGGAGCAUUGGGCUACCCAGGGUUCGAAGGCUGUAUGAGGUUGAGAUAGCAGAGUAAUUUGAUGUGGAUUGAAAAGUGGCGUUGUGACAUAAAUGCCAAUUAUAGACACAGGAUACAUAGUUCCAGAGUUGUGAAGAUCAGCCCCAAGGCUUUCCAGACUGAAACACUGAGGAAAUGCAGGGAGUUUUACAGGGAAAGGUGGCUGACUUCUUGGGUGUGCUGAGAACUCUUUUAUUUUCAUGCGCGGCAAAUUUCCUGUUUCUAUAAAUUGUGUGUCAUUUUCUUUUUUUAAAAAAGGAAGCAUUAAUUAGUGAAAUAACAAAUGGGUAUGAUACUAGUGAAACAGGCAUUUUCAAAGCUUUGAUCCACUUUUCACGCACGACAAAUAUAAAUGCUCAAUAAAAUGAAUGUGUUAUCGGUGUUUUCUUUACAACUUGCAGAGGGCAGCCUAGGGUUGUGUAUUCAGAUUCACCUCUGCUUCUCCUUUCACACAAUAUUAAUCACGUGGGGAAAGGAAUGCCUGGAGGAGGUCAGAUCCCAAGUCAUUUCAGGGGAGCCAUGAAUACCAAAAACGAAAAAAAUCAAGUGAUUAAACUCACAAAUAUAUUUAGGGUUAGUGCAGGGGAGAGACAAAGUGAUAAUGCCUUUAUUGAAAAAAGGAGUUGGUUUAUUUCCUAUUGGAAUGCAGUUUCGCAAACAUAAAUUGAAUAAUUUUGGGGGAAAUUUUCUUCAUAUUUAUACUGCUUCUCUGGUUAAAUGUAUAUAUUUAUAGUAGUAUUUUUUCCUGCUGUGUGCAUGUGCUUAAAUAUUUUUUUUUUCAUUGUUUCAGGCACUGGUGACCUUUGAAGAGGUGGGUGUAUAUUUUUUUGAGGAAGAGUGGAGAUUGCUGGAUGAAACUGAGAGGCAGAUCUACCGGGAGGUCAUGCUAGAGAAUUAUGAGAAUGUCCGGUCACUGGGUGAGAAUUGAAUGUCUGUAGAGUCGUUGGCGAAGGAUCUCUGAAUCAGCUUGGCUGCUCCAUUGUUUACAUUCAUGGUGGGGAGGUGUUGCCGAACCUUUGUCCUAUCAAAAAUGACAGGAAGUUGUAGCCUUUGGAGGGGCUGCUAGCUCGACUUGACUGCUAAAUGUAGUGGUGCUCUCCUUUGAAUUACAGUUGAUUUAUUAACUGCAUUCUAAACCACCAUCGCAGAGCCAUUUACAGAUGGGUCAUCUGUUGAGUAGAAACAGAGUGAUAAAUCUUUCAUCCUUAGUUGCUCUCUGCAUAGAUUAACAUACCAUACUUCAUGGCUUCCUGCUCUAGAACACCAUUCAAACGUUCAGGAUACAAUCAAAAAGGAAAAUGCAAAUACAAAAUUUUAACAACUUUUAAUGAUAUUAAAUGUGAUGGGCUCGAUUUGAAGGACCCUGCAGUGACAUUUAGGCGUCCCAAGGUUAUCAUAAGUUAAUGAUUCCACACUGCGUUUCAUUCUCAUGGACUGGAAUAUUUUGUUAAUGAAUAAAGGUUUAUGGAUGUAGAGGGAAAAGGGCAAGGAAGGGUUAAGUUGCGUGUGUUUGUCCUGCACCAGCAACUUGGUGGAGUGAGAGUGACUCAGCAAGCAUGUGAAAGCGACUCAGCAGAAUCUAAAGUGUAAAUACACUUGUGUUUGAAGCAAGGUUGCCCUUGGCCCCUGACCGUUUCUUUUUAUUAUCAUUAUUAUUAUUAAAAAAUCUGUUCUUCUUUAAAAUAUUCUUUAUUUUGUUUCUCUUCUCCACUUUGCAGGAUUUCCAGUUCGCAAACCAGAUCUGAUCUCUAAGAUGGAGAGUAGCAAGAACCCAGAUCCAUGUUUCCAAGAUCUCCAGGAAUCAAAAAAAGGAGUCCCACCAAGAGAUGCUGGUGAGAAAACGGCUGCCCUUGAUGUUACUGGUUUUUAUUCUGCAUUCAGAUUUGAAAGCUUUCACUUCUGUUUAUUUGGACACGGCUUAUUGUGUUGUCCAAACUCAGUAAACCGUGGUUAAUCUUAACCAUGGUUUGUUAGAAACAAGCUAAGCUUAAGCCAUGCGUUAUAAAUCUGGUUUCUUUCCACAAAAUACAGUUGUAUUCAUUAGAGGCUAGACUGGUUAUCAGGGAGGUUGUAGCAGAGGCCAGAUGGCCAACCUAUCAGAGAGAUUGUAUUAGUGGCUCUCCUGCAUCUGCAGGAGGUUGGGCUAGAUGACAUUUGAGGCCCCUCUCAACUCUAAGAUUCUAUGAAGCAACUCCUCUCAAGUCCUAAACAUGGAUUCUGAGAAAGAUACAACUGCUUGAGAACCCGUUUGUCAGGAAGACAUACGACUUGCCUUCAUAAUGGGUUCCAUAAGGGGUGCACAUCACAACACUGCAGUACAGACUUUGGCCAUUGUGGUGUAGUGGUUAAGAGCGGUAGACUCGUAAUCUGGUGAACCGGGUUUGCAUCCCCACUCCUCCACAUGCAGCUGCUGGGUGACCUUGGGCCAGUCACACUUCUUUGAAGUCUCUCAGCCCCACUCACCUCACAGAGUGUUUGUUGUGGGGGAGGAAGGGAAAGGAGAAUGUUAGCCGCUUUGAGACUCCUUAGGGUAGUGAUAAAGCAGGACAUUAAAUCCAAACUCCUCCUCCUCCUCCUCUUCUUCUUCUUCUUCUUCUUCGGCUCCCCUGACCCUGAUGGGGACUAACUACAGCCAGCCAAAGACAACCAACCGCACGCUAAGCCACACACAACCUCUCUCAUCACCAAGGAAAUACAACAAGUGAAUAGUAAGAGAACCUAUACAAGUAACGCUGACACAAAACCUCACACAUAGACUAAGUAGAAGAAUAGAAGCAUAACCACCCCGCUUGCCACUCCCCCUCCGCCUCUUCCCCCCUUUUCUUUUUCUUUUUCUAUUUCUUUCUUUUUCUUCUUCUUCCUAAUUGUUUAAACCAAUUCAUAAACCAAGAACUUAUGCAUUCACCGCUAAUAAUGAAACCUAUGUUGUAGAUAUUUUCCUGCAUUUAUUAUGCUAUUUUUGUGAUAUACAAGUGACAUUAGAAAACUUGGUAUACUUAUUUGUAUAACAUUAUUCCUGCUUAUAAAACCCAAUAAAAUAAAAAUUAAAAACAAUAAAGUCAGGGGGGAAAAGAAGGCACACUCUCUUUGAACUUAGCUUUGUACUUAGUUUUUCACACAUGGCGCCUCCAGUUUGGCUUUAUUUUUGUUAAGUAAAUCAUGACACGGUGUCAUGUGUCUCGUGUUGUUGUAAUGACCUAAUUUUAAGACCUGCUAAGGAACAGGUGAUUUGUUAUAAUGUCCUGAUAUGUAAAACCACAGAAUUCAAAGAGGGUUUACUUCCUUUUUCCUAUGACUGCAUAAUCCUUCCCCAUCCUUCUCUUUCUUCCCUUUUCCAGAAGAUGCUGAGCUCUCGAGGGAGUCUAAAUGUGAGGAGCUGUUGACCUGGAAGGAAGAGAAAGCAGCGGACAGCCCUCCGGUCGUGCCGAGAACCAGAAGCGGUCUCAGAAGCGCGGACAGGGCUGUCAAAAGCAGCCCUCCCAGCACGGACAGCAGCAGGCCCCGCUGGCAUCGGACGGAGCAACGAUUCACGUGCCCCGACUGCGGCAAGACAUUCCCUUGGCAGUCCGCUUUGGCUCGGCACCAGCUCUCGCACGCUAGGGACAAGCCGUACCGGUGCUCGAGCUGCCCCAAGAGCUUCGCCCAGCGCUCAAAGCUGGCCCGGCACCGCUGCCUCCACCCCAGGGACCCCUCCUGCAAGUGCCCUGAGUGCGGGAAGCGCUUCUGUGACUGCCACAAGCUGGCCCGCCACCAGAAGACCCACUCGGGCAAGCGGCCGUACCGCUGCGACGUGUGUGGGCGCGGCUUCUGCCUCAACUCCAACCUGCAGCAGCACCGCCGCGUGCACACGGGCGAGCGCCCCCACAGCUGCCCCGAGUGCGGGAGAGGCUUCAGCCGACGCUCCAACCUCAUCCAACACCUCCGGGUGCACCAGCUGCAGGAAGGAGGGACCGGCGGGGAACUCCGCGCGGGAGACGCCGAGCUGGGACCGGGCUCGGACCUUUGCGAGGAGGAAUGGGAAUAUGAGUGGAUUGCGGACGGGCAGGGUGGCGAGCAGGCAGAUGACGCGCUCCCUGCUGGAAAUAGUGAGGGCAACCCACCUUUAGAGCUCCAGCAGGACAAGGAGAUCCUAGAGCUCCGUGUUGGGGAUUCUGAGCAUGGGUGGGACGCGGAGCUCCACAGCGGCAAAAUUAUGGCGCUCCUGCCUGGGACCCCUGGGCACCAGCAGAGCUUGGAGCUGCGUGCUGGAAACCGCGAGAGCGAGGAAAUAGUGGAGCUGCGCGUAGGGGAUGGUGAGGAGCACAGAUGGAUUGAGGAGGAGGAAGAUGCCGAUUGCCUGCUUGUCAGCGACGGAGGGCCCCUCUGCUCUGACAGCCGGGAGAGCUAUCCCUGUCUGGAUUUGCAGCCCGCCAAUCAAACCUCGCUGGAAGGCAGUGAGGUCCCCCAGUGCACUGACUGCGGGUGGACGUUCACCUGCAACUCCAGCCUUUCCCGCCACCAGCGGAUCCAUGCCACGCAGCACCACCACCCGCUGGCCCUGCACCAGCUCACGCGCGCCUUGGGGCAGCCCCAUGCCUGCCCCGACUGCCCCAAGAGCUUCAGCCACCGAUCCAAGCUGCUGCGCCACCAGAUCGUGCACACGAGCAAGUGCUCUUUCCAGUGCGGCGAGUGCGGGAAAAACUACAGGGACCGUUCGACGCUCCGCCGGCACCAGCGCUUCCACGGCAAGCCGGAGGCCUUGGGGCUGGCUCCCGUGUGGGAUGCCUCUCCUUACUCGCGUGACCCCGUGGUGAUGAUUUUAUGA